CAGCAUACAAACUUUCUUUAAUACAAAAUCGCACCAACCGACGGCUCUCGGCAUUCCAAGUCCGUUUAGUCCUUGUUCAGUCCUCGCGUUCCUUUAGCGGUUGGUGACACACUCGAACACAACUGGUGGAAAAUGGAAAUCAAAUAGCAUAACGCCUGGAGUGUUCCUGAAGUGCAGGCCGAAAUAAUGUCAACACAAGGAACAUGAAAUUAGUGAGGGCGAAUACUCUUAAUGAACACCGUUAUAAUGAAUUCGUUAGGAGACUUAGCCCUGAGUUGACACCUGGAGACCUGCAUGGCUCUACGCUGCAGAAAGUAUUUACUUCUUCUCUCUGUCUUCUUGGUGGUUGCAGUCGUUACAGGCCAGAACCCAGACUUGGACUACUUCACACAGCCUGUUUACGUGGCCGAGGACCCGACAGUACUCACCAAACUGGCCAAGCUGACCUGCACGACCUACAGCUCCACCGUUCAAAGCGCCAGAGUAAAAAAUAUGAAUCCUUUAGGACCGUUUUCUGUGCAGGAGAACCCGACUGGGGAGUUCUGGCUAGUGUACGACGCCACUCAAAAUCUGAACUACGGCACAAACAACUUCUACGACUUGACGAUAGACUGCACGGAUUCUAACAAUAAGCAAAGUAACUCAGUGAGUUUGUUUGUGUAUGUCACCCCCAACACUCCGCCAACGAUUACGGACUAUCCUACCAAGAAAGUAACCUUGACUGCCAAAAGUUUUGACUACACAACUGACACAGUCUAUACUGUCACUGCCACUGAUACAGAGAAAGACACACUGACAUACUCGCUGUUGUCUCAGCAACCAAGCACAGGAUUGUUUAGUAUUAAUAGUGUUACCGGUAAGAUCACUGUCAACAAAGAUUUGAAGCUCAUAAGUACGCCAUCCUAUAUUCUGACUAUUGAAGUAUCUGAUGGUAAGAACGCCAUAUCAGACUUUCACGUUGUGGUAACAAUAGACGGUUUAAACACCGCUCCCGUCAUCCGAAAUCUCCCUACCUCUGUCAACAUAGCCGAAGACGCCGCUUCAGGCACCACUCUGAUCAAGCUUUCCAUUGAGGACGAUGACACCUCACUGACCACCACCUGCAGUACCUCCCCGUCAUCAGACGCCUACAAGUUCACCCUCAACUCUGACAACAGCAUCACUCUAAGCGCCAACAACCUGUUAAACUACGAAGUCCGCAACUUGUAUACCAUCUCCUGCACUACGACCGACGGCACCCUGAGCUCUGAUGGCAAGGAUGUGCUGACCAUUAACGUGCAGAACGUCAAUGAGGCGCCUUACUUCAACAGUAACCAGUAUUACUGCACUCUGGUGGAAGGAGCAGCUGGCGACCAUUACUGCUCGUUGUCUUUAACAGUGACCGAUCCUGAAGGGGAAGUGGUCAGCGACGUCGGAUUCAUCUCGUCGACGUACAGUAGCAAGUUCUACUUCGACAAAAGCAACAACAGAAUUUACUUUAACGUGGCGUACGAUGUGGACACGGGGACGCUACCGACGUCGGCGAGUCUAACACUGCAGGCAAAAGAUAGUGGAGGCGCCACGGCCACGGCUUCUGUUUUGAUUACAGUCACCGACGACAAUGAUAACACAUGUGUAUUUGACAAGAGCAUCCUAUACCAACAAGUGGAUCAGAGCAAAGCUUUGGGACUUCUCGACUCCUUCACGGUCACCGACUCUGACCUCACUUCGCCCAACAAAGACGCCAAGGUCGAGAUAGUCUCCUUCAGCCCAGCAGACUCCAGCAGCUACAUCACAGUUAGCGGGGCGGGAGAGCUCUACUACAUCGGCACGAUCCCAUCCUCUAAAAGCGGAUCCUCUUUCACCGCGGUGGUGCGCUGCAAAGAUGGCGGAUCCCCGUCCAGAUCCGCCUUGGCCACGGUUGUUGUCUCCUACAGCUACAUGACAACAACUACAACCACGACCACCACGACCACAACUCCAACAACAACCACAACCGCCAAGCCGGAAAAGAGCAUCUGGGAAUACGACUGGUUCAUCGCCGUGUUCUCCAUCUUCAUUAUCCUCCUGGCUGCGCUUGUCAUCGCCGGCAUCGCCUACCUCAUCUACAAGUGCUGCUGUCAGCCCAAGGUGGAGUACACCCCGAGAGGCAAGGUCAGCCCAGACUUUGGAGAGAAGAGACCCAGCCGCAGAGGCUACUACGACGAUGAUGAUGAUGGAUUCAUGCGUUCUGCGAGAUCCGAGUAUAACUCUGGUAGAACGUGGCAGAGCAUUCAAGCCAUUUCACCACGCCAAAUACCAGCAUUGGAAUAUCGCUAGAAGAAAGUAAACAUCUAUAUUAUCAAUAUUUUAAUAGUUUAAAGCCGAUGUCUGUAUGCAUAAUACUAUUGGCUUAUUAAUUACUUGAUCAAACUUAUGUAUAAUAUUGUAUUACUUUUAAGCUAUAACAUAAAUGGCGUUUUGAUAUUUGAUAUUCAUUAGUUUUUCCAUUUCAAAUGUUAUCUUACAUUGAUUAACUUGCCUUCGUCACUACUGCAGAGUAAAAAAUGUUCCAUUUCAUUAAGGAAUCAACACACUACGUCUGGAGCGUGGGGUCGAGGAGCCAAGUGCGCUGGAACUUGGCUUGGCUACCUAGAAGGGGGCUCGAGGUUCGACACCCGACUCGGGCAGAGUUGUGUUUACUGAGCGCCUAAAGGCAGCACGGAAAACCAACCCUUAGAUACCCCUCCCCCACUGGUCCACAAAUGAGAUAUAAGCAUACGUAGCGCUAUAUAAAAGCUAUAGUAAUAAUAAUAACGUCUGGUAAAAAUGUGUACAUGGUAUUUCUCCAACACCUAUUUUAUGAUCAAGUUAAAAGUUGGUACAACUAUUCCUUGGCAAAGACAAUACAUAGAUCAAUUUUUAAAAAAUCAACCAAUUAGUCAAAUAAUUAUUGGUAAUUAAUUAUUUUGUAUGUUAUCUAAAAAGGGAAAUAUAUUCUACAUUUUAAAGUUAUAUAAUUGCAAGUGAGGAGUUCUUUCCCUUAGAUAAGCUUUGUUUUUUUUUCGUUUCUUUUUUGUUGUUUUGCUAAGUAUUUUAAAUUUCGCUAGUUUUUUAGUUUUUGUUUUUGUAUUUGUUUUUUUUUAUCUAUCUUUCAUACCAUUCAAUAGUUAUCAAGAGCAAAGAAAUCGCUCUUAAAAUGAGUCAUCAGUUAGAACCGUUUAAAAUAUUUAAAGAUUUGCAGAUAACAUACUCUGAAUAUAGACCUGCUUUAUGGGUAAAUAUGGGAAUUAGUUAUUUGCGAAACAAUACAAAAUUAAUCGCUUAAUUUUAAAACGAUAGUUUUUAGAAAUCUGCCCUUAAAUGUGUGAGCGUUGUCCAAUAAAAGUAAUAAUAAAAAGACUUUUAGUAUAAAAAAAUAUAAAAUGCAAAAAACUAUAAAGCUAGACACUAAAUAUUAAGAUAAUAUUUGUUUUUGUACAAUUAUGGCUGUGAAAUGUUAAAGGCUGAUACCUACCUCCUUGUUGUCUUAAUCCUUGUAAAUAGUCAAAACAAAAUCACAUUUCUCUCUGCUUUUUUUUAAAGGCAUUAAAAUUCUUCAGUAGUAGAUGAUUUCAGAGUAAAACCCUGGUUUAUAUUUUGUACUUUGUUGGUCUGAGAAGUGAAAAAAAAACUUUAGAAAGUACCAUCACUAUUGACAUUGUGACUCUUUUGGUACUGGACUACACAAAGCCGAUGUAGAAACUACUAAUUUAAUAUCUUUUACUAUAAAUGUGAUCAUUUUGUGAUAUGUGUUAAAUAUGAACUUAUUUAAUUCAAUCCGAAUAAAAACUUUAAAAUAUCGAUGAAAAAUGUACACUUCUUUACUUCUGUAGAAACAUUCAUACCUUCACAUGUUUUAUUAAAAUAUUUGUUGACGAUGACUAAAUCAGUCAGAUUGUCUACUAGCUUGUACACACAUUGAAUGACAUUUUAUCUAUGUAUAGCAUAUUGGCCUAUGUUUAUUCAAGGGUGACUUAUAGGGGUCACUGCGACCUGUUCACGUCAAAUUUCUGGUCUCUUUAAAACAAAUAAACAUGUCAUAAGAAAUAGAAUACCUAAUAAAAUCAGACUUAGAGAAUUAAAAAGUUUUUCGGCGUGAUUAAUCAAGUGCAGUCGUCAUUGAAGGCCUGAUUACUGACCUGCGACGUCGCAAACUCUGUCUGAAAACUACUGGUCGACUGCCUCGGAAGACUAUUCCAUCAGCUCACUGUUUAUUUCCAAUGUAUUUCUACUCCGUGUUGUUUACACUUACCUCAGUAUCACCAAGACAUCAAAAAAUAAUAAUUCAAAACAAUCCUACGAUUUCAGCGACAAAACAAUUUUUAAAUUCUUAACAAAGUUUAUUGUAUUCUAAAACACGGGCGCUGAACUCUCUGCAUAUUUUAACAUCAAGUCAACAUUUUUGUUUAUAAUCUUAAAGGUCAAGAAAGUAGAUCGUUUUUUUUUUCUUUUUUAAUGUUUUCUAAAUUAAACUGAAUUGAUCAAGAUCAUUAAGCUGCAAUCAUUGGGACCCCCCACGAAAACCACAAUCUAUUCUAUUGUUAGAGUGGAUAUAUCAGAAAAGCUAGAAUUCUUUAAAUGUAGAGGUUUGCUCUUUCGAAACGAGAUUUAAUUUAAGGAAUUCUUCAACGAUUUGUAUAUAAAUAUUUGUAAUAUCUACUGUGGACUAACCUAUCGUAUCGUUUUAUUCUUAAUAUCAUAUUUUUUGAAUAAAUAAAAUAACUUUUACAAAUAUGAAUAAAUGUCAGGAAUCUCAAUUUCUUUAUUAUGUAUACGCUUUUUUGCAGGCUACAUUUUAUGUGUACAUUUAAAACUUACAUUGUGUAGACGUUUACGUUUUGAUAUUUCCUACUCCAUCAAAGGUUUUAAAUAUUUCAAGAAAAUAUAUUGCCUGAUGUCUUUCUAUACGUCUUUAUCCCCCACAUUUUCCAGAAAAUUAUUUUCUAUUUCAUUCUGAACUGAUGGCUCUAAAUGUUUCCAAACAUCAUCUUUACGUUAUGCGGAAAUAAUCUUUAAAAAAAAUGUUUAAAUUAUAUCAGUCAGAUUGUGCGUGUGUGUGUGUGUGUGUAUAGUUGUUUUAAAUGUAUAUAUAUAUAUAUAAGUAUAUAUAUAAGUAAGAUGUUGUUUAUUAAAUGAGAUUGAAUUAUACUACUGUUUCUAUAAUAGGCUGAAAAGAAUUAUAUUUUUUAUAAAGAUUUUUAAUACGUUUUAUAAUACUUUUUAUUAGUUAAGUAUUUAAAGUAAUUUAAUCUUGUACCUACUUCAGUUCAGUGGUGUGCAUACGACAAAAAAUAAUGUAAUGAUUAACAUCUUUUAUUUUACCAGGUGAUCUGAUAAAUAUAAUGUCUUAAAUCUAAUUCACUAUGGUUCUAUCCUUUGUGUCAUUUUAGUUGUGCAAUUUGUAUUUGAUUACUGGUCAUAUUUAUCAACUUACAAAUAGUAAAACUUUUUCAACCAGUUUUUAUGUGUCAAAAAGAGAUUUUGCACUUCUCUCAUGUUUUUAGUUUUUAAUGUUCAUUUUUUUUUUCUUUUAAUGUAUUUUAUCCAUUCAGUCUUUUUCCCUUACCAGAUUUUUGAGUUAAAAAGUGCAACUCAAUACACAACAGAACAAUAAAAAAACGGAAAUAAAAACAAUAUGACUUCUACAAUUUUUUUAGAAAAAAUACUUUAUUGAAAUAAUCUUUGUUUUCUGACAUGAUUACAUUAUCUACAAUUUAUAUGUAAGUUUAGGUCCUGACCAAGACGUCACGUAUUGCUUCACUCAAAGAAAUCAGCCUCUCGUCUCGACACAACGAACACGACCUUGACUUUUAAUAAAAGCAAAACCAAUGAGGUGAAAUUUAAAUAUCACGUUUGAACAAAAUAUUAUUUAAACAUAUUGGACAAUAGGAAUUGUGGAUUCUAUAAAACGUAUACUUAUAAAUGCUUAUGUACAAAAACAAUUGUAUGUUAGUGUUAGUGAGAUAAUGUUUCUUUUAUAUUUUUGUAUAUAUUGUACUUAGUAAACCGCAUAAUCACAGAAAAUGAUAGACAUUGGAAAUUAAAAGUCAUAUUAUACGAAUAGAAUACUUGUAUAUUACCUUGAAGUUUGGCUAUCCUGCGUGAGAAACAAGAUUCCUCCAUCAAGAAGAUGAGUUCAAAGAUGGACAAUCUUUCUUCAGGUUGAUAUUUUAAGAGAUUGGUCAAAUUGAGUCUGUGUCACGUACACUAUGACCACAUAUGGUAACAGUUUCGGGUUGUUUGCCGACAUAGCUUGACAUAGCUGGGAAAAAAACCAAGCAUGUAAUUAAAUGAACUCCAUUGGUUCCGAAAGUUAAUUGUUGUACAUUAGACUGCAAUGAUUGGUUGGUCUGGGAGGGGUAAGUUGUUGAUCACGUGAUUACGAGAUGAAGCCCGGAUGAAGCGUGUAGCUCCCGGCCAGUCUUGUCUCGGAAGUUGUAGUAUUAACAUCUAACUUGUAUGAACGUGAAUUUGAGAAUAUAUAUUUUAUUUGUAUCAAGACUCAGAUAUACUAUUGUGUAGAUUCAAUUCAAGUACAUUUUAACCAUUGUAACUAUUUGUGAAUAGUGUUUUCAAGUUAUUAAUUAAAGUAAUUGUUUUUGGA